GGAAAGAAACAUGGUGACAGUCACGUUGGAAGACACCUCGCCAUUUGAUGGGCAAAAACCCGGCACAUCAGGCUUAAGGAAAGCUGUCAAAGUUUUCCAGCAACAUCACUAUACAGAGAAUUUCGUACAAUGUAUUAUAGACUCAAUCCCAGUGGAAAAAAGGCGAGGAUGUACUUUGGUUGUCGGAGGCGAUGGAAGAUUCUUUAUGCGAGAGGCUGUUUUAAUUAUCGUCAGAAUGGCAGCCGCAAACGAAAUCGGCCAACUUGUUAUUGGUCAGGGUGGCAUCUUUUCAACCCCAGCUGUAUCCUGCAUUAUUAGAAAAAUGAAAGCAACAGGUGGGAUUCUUCUUACUGCAAGCCACAAUCCAGGAGGACCUGAUGGUGAUUUUGGAAUCAAGUAUAACAUUGAGAAUGGAGGUCCAGCUCCAGAGGCCAUCACCAAUGAGAUUUUCUCAAAAACAAAAACAAUAAAAUCAUACAAAAUCUGUCAUGAUAUUACUGUUGAUCUUGAUACUAUUGGAAGCCAAUCCUGGGAGAUAGAAGGACAUACUUUCACUGUGAUGAUAAGGGACUCAGUAGAGGAUUACACAUUGCUCAUGAAGGAGAUUUUUGACUUUGAUCUGCUAAAGACAUUGAUUGCUGGAACAGAAGGUCAAGCACCAUUCAAGUUUAUUGCCAGUGCUAUGCAUGGAGUGACUGGUCCAUAUUUGAAGAGAAUCUUAUGUCAGGAACUGGGGGCACCAGAAUCUUACACUUUGAAGUGUGAACCUAAAGAAGAUUUUGGGGGCCAUCAUCCUGAUCCCAAUCAAACAUAUGCCUCUGAUCUUGUGGAAAUGCUUAAAAAGGGAGAACAUCAGCUGGGUGCAGCUUUUGAUGGUGAUGGGGAUCGUAACAUGAUUCUUGGGCAAAAUGGAUUCUUUGUGACUCCAUCAGAUUCUGUUGCAGUUAUUGCCGAUAAUGCUACAUGCAUUCCAUACUUUGUCAAGACAGGGUUGAAGGGUGUGGCCCGUAGCAUGCCAACAAGUGCUGCUAUUGACAGAGUGGGACAGAAAUUGGGGGUUGAAUGCUUUGAAGUACCAACUGGCUGGAAAUUCUUUGGAAACCUGAUGGAUGCUCAGCGUUUAUCACUUUGUGGUGAAGAGAGCUUUGGUACAGGAUCAGAUCACAUCAGGGAGAAAGAUGGUGUCUGGGCAUUCCUUGCCUGGCUGUCAAUUAUUGCAAGCAAAAAGAUGUCUGUCCAGGAUAUAUUGAAGGACUUCUGGAAGAAGUAUGGAAGGGGAUUUUUUGUGAGGUGUGAUUAUGAGAAUGUAGAAGCUGAGGGAGCCAAAAAGAUGAUUGAAUUGCUAAGACAGACAGCCAAAGAUGAAUCUCUGGUGAAUAAAUCUUUAACAGGAGGCAGUGGCCAGGAUCAGAAGACAUACCAAGUGAAGUCAAUGGAUGACUUUUCCUACACUGAUCCCAUUGAUGGAAUUGUGACAGAGAAACAGGGGGUUCGCAUGAUUUUCACUGAUGGAUCACGUGUCAUCUUCCGUCUGAGUGGCACAGGAAGUGCUGGUGCAACUAUUCGUGUUUAUGUGGAAAGUUAUGAACCAGAUGAAUCUAAACAUUUACUUGAUGCUCAGAUUGUUCUCAAACCCCUACUAGACAUAGCACUCAAAGUCUCAAAGCUGCAAGAGUUCACUGGCCGAGAAAUACCUACUGUUAUAACAUAACACAAUGGACAAGUGCAACUGACACACAGAUAAAUGUUCCACAAGAAGGUACAUACUGUUGAACAGAACAGAUUAAUUUGUCACCUCAACACAGAUAUGGAUUACCAUGUUGGUUAGAAUUGCCUUCUAUAUAUUUUUCAAUGUUAAACUUUUGGUGCUGAAGUGGAGUUUAUUGAAAUAUUUAUUUUAGUUAAUGUAUUUUUUGGGUCAAGAGAGCAAAAAAUUUCAGUUUGUAAAGUUUUUGGUUUUGCUCAUGAGCAAUCACAAUAUUAGACCUGUAGGAAUCACUACUUUGUUUUAUUUUCACAGUGUGAUUUUAUUGAGAGGUGAUGUUAGGGAGUGAAUGAAAAUUGAGCUUAAAAUGCUUUUAAUUUUACAUUUGUUAGUAAACAUAUAGCCUUUUUUUCACUGAUGUAAUGAGAAACAUUUUUCUGGAAUACAUAAAAUAAUUAUAAGUAUCACUAGGGAAAAUUAUUUACAGUGCGUCAUGAUGCAAGCUGGUGAUGGAGGAGAUUUUUAGUCUUAUCAAGACUCGAGGCCAUGAGAAUAAAGGAAAUGAUCACCAACUAAAGAAGCUCUUGAUUGUUACACAAAUUCUCCUUUUCAGCAGCUUAGAAAAUGUAUGAAGAACAGUAUGGAGAAUAUGCAUACUGAUGUUAGGGUGGUAAGGGUUUUAAAUCAAAAAGUAGCCAGGAAAUACAGUCAUGAAUGUGGUAAUG